AGCAGUAGUGAACUCUAAGCCAAUUUUGUCUCUUUAUAUAUACAUACAGAAACAUCACCAGCUUCGGCAACUGGGCAAAGAGGGAGAGAAGCCGACGAUGAUGAAGUUCUUCGUGAUCGCUUUCUGGGUAAUCUUCUCUUUCAGCGUAGCUGACGUCUCUGCAGAUCCAGACAACCUGCAGGACACUUGCCCGAAAGCCCCGGAACAAGAACGUGUCUUCAUCAACGGCUUCCCUUGCAAGAACACGAGCAAGAUCACCGCUCAAGAUUUCAAGUCCACGGGGCUGAGAGAGGCAGGAGACAUGGACAAUUUCCUGCAGUCGAACGUGACAAUGCUGACGGCGUCAGAGUUUCCUGGUCUGAACACAAUGGGACUGUCUCUUGCCCGAACAGACCUCGAGAUCGACGGAUCGGUGCCUCCACAUUCCCAUCCGAGAUCCUCCGAGAUCCUUUUCGUGCACAGAGGAAUCGUGCUCGUUGGAUUCAUCGACACGCAGAACAAGAUCUUCCAGAGGGUUCUGAAGAAAGGAGAAGUCUUCCUCUUCCCAAAGGGUCUCCUCCAUUACUGCUUGAACUCUGGAUUUGAGCUUGCCACCACUUUCUCCUUUCUCAAUAGCCAGAAUCCGGGCGUUAUGACCAUCGGAGGCGUGCUCGGGAUCCAUCAAGAAUAUGUCAAGAAUGCAUCGAGGAAGUUAGCAUCCGGAGAUACAUACCGUGAAGAACUCUGAGAUGAUUCAGUUUGAAUGUACAUCCCAACAUGAACUAUGAUUUAUUUUUUAACUGUGUCCCUCCUAUGCAGUAAAUGGUUUUGCAACUCUUUUUGUGAGUGUUUCUUUUGAUGUUUGUGACCAAUGAACUGUUUGGUUCUGUAACAGUGAAUUCUAUACACCGUUCAUACGGGACAUAACAAUUGAAAACUUUGUCAUUCAGUGACAGAGCCUUCUAUGAUAUAUGUAAAUAGUUGAGCUAUUCACUUCUUUUUCUAA